AUGGCUGCGCUUGUCCGAUCCAGCACGAGCCAGGCCGAGAGCAAUGGCGGCGAGCGCCAAGCUUGCGGCCCUGGCUGUGCUCGUCGUGCUGAAACCCCGGCGGUGAUGACUGUGAACGGGUUCCAGCGCGGCGAGACCGGCGGCAGGCCGUCGGAGUGCGACGGCAAGUACCACGACGACCGCCUGAUGCUGGCGGCGCUGUCCACGCGGUGGUACGCGGGGGGCAGCCGGUGCUUCCAGAAGAUCCGCAUCACGAGCGCGCAGACCGGACGCGCCGUGCUCGCGCAGGUCGUGGACGAGUGCGACACCGGCCACGGCUGCCGGGACAACAUCGUCGACACGUCCAAGGCCGUCUGGGCGGCGCUCGGGAUCGACACCAACGUCGGCGAGGUUCCCGUCACCUGGUCCGAUGCCUGA